AAAACACAUACAUCGAAACGACGAAGUUGCGGGCCGAAUUUUAGUUACGCGUGGAUUCAAAUCGAGUGAUUCACGAGCUGAGGAGACGGUAUUUUGGUAGUUUGCGUUAUAUUUGCGGCUGGACGAGGUGCUACUUCCACGGGUUGGGGAACAUACGACUCAUACUACUAUUUCGUACCAUGGAUCUUUAGAAACCGACGUUUCUUAAUCCGAUUAUUUUUUACGAAUAAACGUAAACUUUACUCUGAUAUUUAUUCUUUUCAACACCACCCGGCAGAGGUGGAUAUUGGAGGAUUACGCAAUGCCGCACGUCGGCAUUCUAAUGGAGCGUAGUCUCCAAGAACGCAGCCUUAGGGAUGCGUUCGCGGAUCUCUUCGCGCGAAGCGCUGUCGCUGCGCUGGGCAAACGGCAAUCUCUUGAGUCGCUUACGGGCGGAAGUUCUGACCCCAGGGUUGCCUUCUCCAGUUGGGAUAACUGUAUGCAGGCUAAUAUCUGCAAGUGGCCGGCAAUUGCCGUGAUCAUUAUCGGUGGUCUCAUCAUUUUCUCUGUCGUUUGGUGUAUCGCGCGAUGUCUCUGCUGUGGACUUUCGUGCUGUUGCGAAUGUUGCUACUGUCUAAAAUGCUGCGGUGAAUGUUGCGGGUGCUGUGAUCCCCCUAAAGGGAAACGGAGUAAGUAUCUUGACGAACCAUUCGUUCCACCGCACCAUGAACAGAACCAGGCCUAUCGCUCGCAAGCGCCGAUGACACCAGCAUUACACAGAACACCUUCACCUUCUGUGCCUCAGUAUGCUGUAUUUGAUGACGGCGACAAGAAGGAUGCAGACGCAUUACCUGCGAUGCCAAGCUGGGAGGGCGCGAAAUCACAGAAGGUUCUGAUUGAGGAAGAAUCCGUCGAGAUGGAACCAUUGAAGAAACCAGAGAAUGUCCAGAACAAUAAUUCUUUCCCUAUGAGCAACUUACCGCCGCAUACGACUACCCCAAGCCCAGUUUCUCCCGACAAUAGAAGCCCCUACGGACCACCACCAGCACAGGGCGGUCCUAAUGGGUAUAUGACAGCAGCACGAGCUGGUCCAGAUCCAUAUUCUACCAAUGGACAAGGCUACGACAACUAUAACGGUUACAAUGGAUAUGGACAGGCUCCCCAAGAAAAUAUGAACCAGGGAUAUGGCAUGGCAGCUGGAGCAAUGAGGACCCAAACACCUCACCGUGACUAUAAUAACGGUAGUGGAAGAGGUGGAGCUGAGCAAGGAUAUCCCCAAUCGCGAUCUCCGAGACCCUACAACGACGAGUACGGCCGCAGUGCUAGUCCUGCGUCGUACGGUGCCCCGCCUAGCUACCGUACUGCGCCGAGCAAUAACGGAUACGGCAAUCCCUCGCGAAUGGCGUCGCCAGGCCCACAAGCAGGUUAUGGCUACGGUAAUGGUAAUGGCAAUGGCAACGGCAACGGAGCUCCAUCUCGUAUGCGCACUCCCGGUCCCCAGCCAGGCUACGAUUACCCCCAGAGGUCACAAACACAAACACCCAACAGUUACAACCGCCAAUAUCCCCCGGCACCCCAACGACAAUAUUCAAGCGACUCUACCCGACCGCUAGUACAGCCGGCGCAAGACUCGUACUUCGAUGAGCAAGGACAGCGAUCGCCCAUCCAGAACAACAGCGGCUUCGACUUCAACUCUGGCUACAGCCGCUCUGAAGCUCCUCCUUCGCAAACACAGACGCAGACGCAGGCCGCAAACGGAGGAACUGCUUACCCCGGUUACCGCACAUAUCGACCCCAAGGGCAGCCCCAGCAGGAUAACUGGAACGGAGUAUAAACACGAUCAUCGUCAUGGAGUUAGUUCUGCUCGUUAAGGUGUACCAAAAUAAAACCAAUUAUAGGAGAUCCGACUAAUACACGAAUCGGACGGGCAUACGCGGCGAUCUGACGGAUUUUGUAUUCAGUGACAAAGAAGGCGUUUCGGGAAAGGGGGAGGACGAUCAUCUGCAUAGCAUGAUGGAAUUCAUAUAUAGAGGUUUGCCGAUGCUUUUGCGAUUUGCAAUUGCGGUUGAAUACCAAAAUUCCCC